AUGACCAUCCAACCACCGCUCGAGGACCUUCACGAUAACGAUCUUACCAUCCUGCCCCUCACAGACUCGGCUGCCUCACGCCGGGAUUCCAACGUUACUCGCGCCGAAUCUUUCAAUGGUGACUCCAAAGAUGAAAAACUUCACGGGGUGAUCGAAAAACAUUCCGGGAUAGUCGACUCUGACUCGACUAUUGAAGCCUCGAUCCCCACGGAAGAUUCGGUAGAUGUGGUACGCGCCGAACGCGAGUUUGCUGCCUUGAGUCGUCAACUUUCUAAAGCCUCGUCCGCCGGGCUGUAUGCUGAUAAGGAAAAGCAGAGUGGAGACGACGAAUUUGACCUUCUGGCCUACCUGAGGGGAAAAUCACAAGCGCGGGACCAGCACGGGUUUCAACUCAAAUGUCUCGGCGUCAUCUUUUCCAACUUAUCGGUUAGCGGUAUGGGUGGCUUGCGGCUUCAUAUUCGAACUUUCCCCGAUGCCAUCAAGGAGUACCUGUUAUUUCCUCUCAUCUUCUACAUGAAAAACUUCGUCUCCCGACCGCCGAAGCUUCUCCUACAAAACUUCAACGGCUUUGUCAAACCUGGGGAGAUGUGCUUUGUCCUUGGUCGCCCCAAUGCCGGUUGUUCAACAUUCCUCAAAGUCAUUGCCAAUCGCCGCAUUGGAUUCAUGGAUGUUGGCGGACAGGUCGAGUAUGGCGGAAUUGAUGCCAAAACAAUGGGAAAGACGUACCAGGGAGAAGUUGUGUACAAUCCAGAGGAUGAUGUCCACCAUGCCACCCUCACGGUCGCACAAACUCUGAAGUUCGCACUCUCUACCAAAGUACCCGCCACCCGUCUUCCUCAACAGACCAAGUCACAAUUCCAGCAACAGGUCUUGGAUCUCCUUCUACGCAUGCUUGGCAUUAGCCACACCAAGAAUACACUUGUCGGUAACGCUCAGAUCCGAGGCGUUUCAGGCGGUGAACGGAAGAGAGUCUCCAUUGCCGAGAUGAUGGCAACUAGAGCGUCCGUUCUGGCUUGGGACAACUCGACUAGAGGUCUCGAUGCUUCGACUGCACUUCAAUACGCCAAGUCGCUCAGGAUCUUGACCAACAUAUUCAGGACUACGAUGUUCGUGACACUAUACCAAGCUGGAGAAGGGAUCUACGAGCAAUUCGACAAAGUCUGUUUGAUCAAUGAAGGGCGUCAAGUCUACUUCGGCCCUGCCUCUCAAGCCCGCCAGUACUUCAUCGAUUUGGGCUACAAAAACAUGCCCCGCCAAACAACUGCCGAUUUUCUCACAGGUUGUACUGACUCCAAUGAGCGCCAGUUUGCCGAUGGCGUCGAUCCAAGCACUGUCCCGCAGACGGCUGAAGAAAUGGAGCAAGCGUAUCUCAACAGCAACAUUUGCAGUAAGGUGCGGGCGGAGAUGGAGGACUAUCGACUCUACUUGGCGGCGGAAAACCGAGACCGAGAAAACUUCCUUCAAGCUGUCAAGAACGACAAGGGUAGUGCUGUUCCAAGCAAGUCCCCUCUCACAGUCUCGAUCUUCAGUCAGUUGAAAGCUCUGGUCAUUCGAGACUUACAAUUACAGCUCCAAGAUCGCAUGGGUCUGGCUUUCAGCUGGGCCACAGCCAUUAUGAUCUCUAUUAUUAUUGGAAGUAUCUACCUUAAUAUUCCCAAAACUGCCGCCGGCGCAUUCACCAGGGGCGGUGUUAUAUUUAUCGGAUUGCUAUUUAAUGUUUUUAUUUCUUUCACCCAACUUCCUGGCCAAAUGUUAGGCCGUCCUAUCAUGUGGAGACAAACCGCAUUCUGUUUCUAUCGCCCCGGUGCUCUGGCGAUAGCGAACUCAAUUUCUGACAUACCCUUCUCUGCACCCAAAAUUUUCUUGUUUUCGCUCAUUCUUUACAUGAUGGCAGGACUAACUCGGGACGGCGGAGCCUUUUUCACAUACUUCAUCAUUGUUUACUUUACCUUCCUGGCUCUCAGUUCAUUCUUCAGGUUUUUGGGCUCGAUUUCGUUCAGCUUUGAUACCGCGGCAAGGAUGGCCAGUGCCCUGGUGAUGUCCAUGGUCCUAUACAGUGGGUACAUGAUUCCCGAACCGGCUAUGAAGCGAUGGCUCGUGUGGAUAUACCACAUCAACCCAGUCAACUACGCGUUCUCAGCAUUGAUGGCAAAUGAAUUCAAGAGGCUUGAUAUCUUAUGUGAAGGGGCCUUCAUUCUGCCCAACGGCCCAGGCUAUCCAACCUCAUUAGGCCCCAAUCAAAUUUGCACUCUCCGAGGCUCCAAACCUGGCAACCCCAUCGUCUCCGGAACUGAUUAUAUCCGCGCCUCGUUCAAUUACCACACUAGCAAUGUCUGGAGAAAUUUCGGUAUUGAGUGCGCCUACAUUGUUCUGUUCAUGACAUGCUUGUUCUUAGCGGUUGAGAAUCUCGCCCUGGGAUCCGGAAUGCCUGCCAUUAACGUUUUCGCCAAGGAAGAUGCUGAAAGAAAGAAACUCAAUGCCGCAUUACAAGCUCAGAAGGAAGAAUUUCGUAAAGGCACGGUCGAGCAAAACCUCAGCGGCUUGAUUUCCGCUCGAAAGCCGUUUACCUGGGAAGGCCUGACGUACGAUGUCCCAGUUCCAGGUGGCCAACGCCGUCUACUCAAUGACAUUUAUGGAUAUGUCAAACCCGGAACUCUGACAGCUUUGAUGGGAUCUUCAGGAGCUGGAAAGACAACACUUCUGGAUGUCCUGGCCAACCGAAAGACGACGGGUGUGAUUGGAGGCGAUGUGAAGGUCUCCGGGCGUGCCCCAGGCGCCGACUUCCAAAGAGGGACAGCCUACUGCGAGCAGCAAGAUGUGCAUGAAUGGACUGCCACCGUCCGAGAGGCGUUUAGAUUUUCGGCAUACCUGAGACAACCCCCAAGUGUGUCGGUCGAAGAGAAGAACGCAUACGUCGAGGAGGUCAUUCAGCUCUUAGAACUUGAAGAUUUGGCCGAUGCGAUGAUUGGUUUUCCCGGUUUUGGCUUAGGUGUGGAAGCUCGUAAACGUGUUACCAUUGGUGUUGAACUUUCGGCCAAGCCCCAAUUACUCUUAUUCCUUGAUGAACCGACUUCUGGCUUGGAUGGUCAGAGCGCUUACAACGUCGUGCGAUUUUUGAGGAAGUUGGCCUCAGCCGGACAAGCAAUUCUGUGCACAAUCCAUCAACCAAAUGCCCUUUUGUUUGAAAACUUCGACAGACUUUUGCUCUUGAAGAAAGGUGGUCGAUGUGUAUACUUUGGAGACAUUGGUACUGACUCGCACAUCAUCCGAGAUUAUUUUGCUCGCAAUGGUGCUGUAUGUCCCGUCGAAGCGAACCCUGCUGAAUUCAUGCUUGAAGCCAUUGGUGGUGGUACCACACGUCAAAUGGGCGGUGACAAGGAUUGGGCCGAUCGUUGGCUCGAAAGUGAAGAACACCAAGAAAACAUACGUGAGAUCCAAUUGUUGAACAAAGAGUCCAUUUCCCAUGAUCAAGCUAGCCCCGGAGGACCCCCCGCCACCCAAUACGCACAAACUUUUUGGUUCCAGCUGAAGACCGUCUUGGCUCGAUCAAGCCUGGCGUGUUACCGUAAUGCCGAUUACCAGUUUACAAGGCUCUUUAACCACAUCACUAUCAGUCUGCUUGUCGGUUUGACCUUCUUUCAAGUUGGUAAUGGAGUGGCCGAUUUGCAAUAUCGAAUCUUCAGUAUUUUUAUUGCUGGAGUACUACCUAUUCUUAUCAUAGCUCAAGUCGAGCCCUCGUUCAUAAUGGCAAGAAUGAUCUUCUUGCGGGAAGCUUCCUCGAAAACAUACAGCGAACAGGUGUUUGCUCUUGCUCAGUUCUUGGCCGAAGUUCCCUACUCGUUGCUCUGCGCCACUGCCUACUUUGUGCUUUGGUACUUCAUUGCUGGCUUUAACGCUUCAUCGGAUCGGGCUGGGUAUGCGUUCUUGAUGAUUUGGAUGGUUGAGAUGUUCGCCGUCACGCUCGGUCAGGCCAUCGCAGCGCUUUCGCCUUCGAUCUUCUUCGCCUCCCAAGUCAACUCUCCACUCUCCGUCAUGUUGAAUUUGUUCUGCGGUGUUACCGUACCACAGGCUCAAAUGCCAAAAUUCUGGAGAGAUUGGAUGUAUCAGCUCGAUCCUUACACCCGUAUCAUCUCCGGACUACUGGUGAAUGAACUACACGACAUGCCCGUAGUUUGCAAGCAGCCUGAACUCUCCGUUUUUCAACCACCAGCUGGACAAACAUGUGGACAAUGGGCUGAAAAUUUCAUCUCCAGUAGAGGAGGCUACCUUGAGAAUUCCAACUCAACUACUGACUGCAGGUACUGCCAAUUCUCCAAGGGUGACCAAUUUUAUGAAGGCUUGAAUCUCUCGUUCUCCAACCGCUGGAGAGACUUGGGGAUAUUGGCCCUGUUUGUUGUCUUCAACUUCUUCGUCAUGGUCACCGCCGCAAAGACGUUGACUCUAAAAUACGCCAAAAGAUAA